AUGGUGGAGAAGCAGGCCGAGUCGCCCGCCUCUUCCUCCACGGACCCGCCCAGCCAAAUCCAUCAACUCUCGACCAAUCAGAGAGCCGAAACCGACCCCAAAAACGAUGCUGGGACCUCGGAAAGCCUGCCGCAGAACAACACACUACCAGGUGGGCAAAUUUGUAAUUACUUUUGACUUGAGUCUUACUGUAAUUUUUGUGAAAAAUCAAUUUUUUGGGGGUUUGGAGCUAUUUUGACCUUGUUUUUGUCAUUUUUGGUCGAUUUUUCCCAAAUUUUGGUCUAUUUUCGGUCGUAUUUUAGGAUUUAUUUAUUGUAAAUAGCAUAGGAAAUUGUCGUAGAGCUGUUUAAGAUACUAUUUGAUUUUAGUUUUACAGAAAUUUGGGAUUUUUUGACUCAUAGUCAUAAUUUUUGGAUUUUUGGUCGAUUUUUCCCAAGUUUUGGUCUUUUUUGGGUCGUAUGUUAGGAUUUAUUUAUUGUAAAUAGCAUAGAGAUUUGGUAUAGAGCUAUAUAAGAUACUAUUUGACUUUAAUUUCGGAGAAAUUUGAGAUUUUUUGACUCAAAAUCAUCAUUUUUGGAUUUUUGGUCUAUUUUUCCCAAAUUUUGGUCUAUUGUUGGUCGUAUUUUAGGAUUUACAUAUUGUAAAUAGCAUAGAAAAUUGUUGUAGAGCUACUCAGGACACUGUUUGAUUUUAGUUUUGGAAAAAUUUGAGAUUUUUUGACUCAAAAUCAUCAUUUUUUGAGUUUUUGUCGAUUUGAGCUCGUAUUUUAGGAUUUACAAGUCUCAUUCUGUCUGAUAAUUAAUUCCCACGACAUUACCAUUUAUUCUCAACCUUAAUUUAGAGUGAGAACAGAGAUCUUUGACAAAAAAAGCAUAUAUUUACCUUAUUUUUGACGUUUUUAAGAGACUUUUGCCAAAUUUACCGGCGUAUUUUAGAAUUUUCGGAUUGAAAUUGCCUUAUAAUUUAUUUUGAUACAUUGUUCUACUACUUACAGUCAAAAAUUUGACUUAAUUAUCGCAAAUUCUUGCCAAAAAUCGCCAUUUCUUACCUUAUUUUGGAUGUUCAGCUGAUAAAAAUAGUUUUUUUGUUCAUAAAACCCAUUGUUUUUAGUAGGACACAAAUCUGAUUUCUCAAUUUUUGAAACCUACAUCUCCAUUCUUUCUCAAUUUGUUCGCGGCCGAAAGAAUGCCGAGGCUCUUAUUUAUGAGUGUUUUACGAUCGGGCCUAAGCCGAUUUGUUCGCCGAAUACCUUUUAAGGGAUUUGGGCUUUCGAAAACAUGAAUUUCAGGGAAAGUGCCGGAGGGGGGAAAGUAAAAAAAAAUUUUUUAUGUUAUUCAUGACAAAUUUUUUUUUGUUUUUUAAAAAAAUUUAGGGGUCUAAUUGUAAAAAUUAGGCUUUUAAAAAUUUUCUUUGCGAAUUUACAAGUCGCGUUAAGCAGAAAUUUCCGCGUUAUAGAGAAAUAAAAAUCGCGUUGUAGAGAAUUUUCCGUUUUAAACUAGAAAAAAGUUAAAACUAACUAAAAUUAGACCUUUUUUAAAGUCUAAUCAAAAUUUUGUACACCGCGUUAUGCAGAAACAAUCGCGUUGUAGAGAAUUAAAAACGGAAAAACACUAUUUUUGCAAUUUUUUUGAUGAAAUAAGGUCUGUUUCUUAUAAAAAAUCAAAAAUAAUUUUUUUACUACGCUUAUUUAUCUCCAAUUUUUGACAAAAAAAAUAUAUUUUUUUCUCAAAAAGUCGCGAAAUUUAUUUCCAUCAAAAAAUCACUCACUAAUAAAAACUCUCUCCAAGGCUCGGAAUGUGUUUCUGGGAUGUAGUUUCUAAUGGAUUCCAUGGGAUCGGCCUUUGUGCGCGCCGCUUUGACCCAUCGUGGAUCUCGGGGAGGAAAAGAAGGGGUUUUUUGACAAAAAACUGGGGAAAAAACGCCGAUUCAAGAGUCCGCUCGGCAUGACGCUCACUGUAAAUUAUUUUUUUUGAAGAUUUUUUCUAUUUUAUACUCUUAUUUUAGAAAAAAAAUUUGUAUUUUACAAAAAAAAAUUUUUUGAUUUUUUCUCGUAUUUCAGAAAAAAUUUUUUUCAUACUGUAUUUUACAUGUUUUGGAAAAGUUUUGGUUAUGUUUUCCUUCAGAGGUUUCGGAUUUUUUGAUCGCUAAAGUUCAAAAAAUCGCUUUAAUCCAGAAGUUUCUUCCGUAUUUUAGAGGUAUUUUUUGGAAUUUUUUUGGUCGAUAUAUACUUAUACCAAUAAUAUUAGGUCGGCCGUAUUUUAAAAAUUUUUGGUGUGCAGAAAUUAUUUUUUAUUUUAUUUUUUGAACUUAAAAAAAUUUUUAGGCGUAUAUGAGGAGUAAAAAAAAUACUAGUUUUGUUGAAAUAAACCGUAUUUUACAACUUUAGAUAUGAAAAAAAAAUUUUUUAAUAAGUUUAUGAACCAAAAAAAAUUUUAUUUUUUACUAUUUGUAGUCGUAUUUUAGGACAAAAAAAAAUGACAAAAAAGUUUCCGUAUUUUACAAUUUUUUGGCUGAAAAAUUAUUUUUCGUAUUUUUAGGAACCAAAAAAAAUUUUUUUACAAUUUUUGGUCGUAUUUUAGGAUUAAAAAACAAAAAAAUUUCCGUAUUUUACAAAUUUUUUUCUCUCCAAAACUCGUUUUUUUAAAUAUAUUUCAUAUUUUUCCCCGCUAAAUUUUAAUUACAGUACCCUCGCUUACCGUAAUCCCCCCAAAAAACUCGGCUUGUAAACCCGUUUGGCGUGUGGAGUGACGCACAAAAAUCAGAAAGAAAUCGUUUCCGGAACGAGGUUUUUUUUCAUUUUUCCACUCAUCCCUUUCGUUUUCCCUUUUUCUUACCGUAAUCCAAAGGUCGAAGCGACAAAAGUUUCCCGCUGUUCUCGAUUUGUUGCCCAUUCCGACGCGUUUUUUGCGGCGACCGUUCCUCGCCGUUCCAAAACGCUCUCGGUUCUUGUGGGAAGACGAAAAGAAAUGAAAAAUGAAUCAGUAAAAAUAAAAAAAGUUUGUGAGAGAGAGGGGUUUUGAGAAAAAAAUGGAAAUUUUAUCGGAAAUCAGAGGGAAAGGUAUCGUAUUUUACAAUUUCGGAAAAAAAUUUUUUUACUGCACCGUGCAAAAAAUUAGGAAAGAAAAAAUUUUGCACCGUGCAACAAAAAGAAGUUCCGAAUUUCAUUGCAGAAAAAAUGAGAAAAAAUUUUUUGCACAGUGCGAUGAAAUUAGAAUCUUUUUUGUUGCACUGUGCAAAAUUCAAAAGAAAUUCUGCACUGUGCAGACAAUUAAAAUUCCAAAUUUCAUUGCAAUGUGCAAAAAAAUGAGAAGAAAUUGUUUGCACAGUGCAGAAAAAAUAAAUUUCCAAAUUUUCUUCGCACUGUGCAAAAAAUUUUUUCUCAUUUUUUCUGCACAGUGCAAUGAAGUUCGGAAUUUCUUUUUGUUGCACGGUGCAAAAGAAAAUAAAAUUCCAAAAUUUCAUCGCACUGUGCGAAAACCGAGAAAAAGAUUUUUGCACCGUGCAACAAAAAAAGAUUCUAAUUUCUUCGCACUGUGCAACAAUAAAAACAAAAAUUUUUUUUGCACUGUGCCGGAAAAUGAAAAUGGAGAUUCAACAAGCCGCAACUAUAUAUUAUAGUAGAUUUUGUUGAAACUGCACUGAUUUAGAUUAGAAUUUUACAUGACUUCUGUGAAUUUUUUGCCACCAGUUUUUCAGCAAUCAUUCAGAUUUUUGAAUUUCACAAGUCUUUUUUUUUCUUCUCUCCGACUCUCCUAAUUUUGUAUGCUCUCUCGGAAAUCAUUGAAAGAUCGUUGAAUAUCUCUGCAGAGGGUGCAUGUUGAAAGCUAAAUUUUUUAAAUAUUAAUUUAUGACCUAUUUAGAGUUUCUUGGCCAAGUUUUUUCAAAUUUGGCCAAUUUUUUUGUAACUAAUUUUUUAGAAUUUUUUAAAAUUUUUUUGCAUUUUAAGCCAUUUUCCAUUGUUUAAACCCUUUUGAAGGUUGAUUCUUGUGUAUUCCUGUGUAGUAAUCGAAAUUUCAAACAAAGUAUUGCCGUAUUUUUGCAUUAAAUUUUCAAUUUUCGUCUAUUUUUUCCAUCAAUUCUCCGUAUUUUGGAAGUAAAAUUUCUGUCAAGUUUCAAAACAAAAACGUUUUCCUCCCUCCGAAAUACCACCAAAAACACGGCAGCGGAGAGAAAUCACAUCAUCUCCGGACUCGCCUGCAGCCCUAAUCCCCGCUAAAAAUAUUUACAUUUUAACAAUCUCUCCGUCUCCCCCCACCCCCACCAUAAUCCGCAUGUUUGUGGCCGUGGACUUAUCCGCCUUUGUCCAAGCGAGAAGUCACCUGGCCAAGGAUAAGCCCGGCUUUCGAGCGAUUUUCGCGGAUUGCACGGUGCAGUUUGAGGAUGAGAGAAAGGUCAAAAAAUCGUGAUUUUGAGCGAAAUUCAUGGCAAAGAGGGGGUAAUUUUGAGUGUAAAUUGAAUUUAGAGGAAGAAUACGGUAUUUUUGCAUGGUAAAAUACGACUUGAAGAAAUCAGUAGUUUAUAAAAUUGACAUUAUAUUGCACUUGAUCACGGAAAAUUUGAAGUCUCGUAUUUUACAAACCAAACUGGAAAAAUCUAUGUAUCGUAUUUUAGCAUGUCUAUUACACCUUGAAACACAUCCUCUAUUAAUUUCAGGGAUUUUCAUUCAAUUUGAAUACCGUUUUCAGACAAAAAAUGAAAAGCGCAGCGCUUGGAUGCGGUAUUUUGAAACGGUCAAAUUUUAAGGCCAAGCUGUUGAAAUUGCCCUGAAAUUUUGCACACGUCUUUUUGGAUGCUCUAAUAACAUAUGUUCAGAAGGAUAUUUCAAACUAGGACCUCUUGGCUUCAAACGGUGGCUUCAAAGUGUAUGGGGUUUUCUUGGUCGGGUCGACUUUUUGGCGGCUUGCUACCAAAAAUUCAACGAUGAAAUUGGUAAAACUUUGAUGUCUAUGUCUUCACUGUGUCUUGUAGUAUCUGUUGAUUCCAAUAGCCUAAGGGAAUUUGCUUUCAUUUCCACUGUUUUGGCGUCAGAACCAAAAUUUCAUCAUUUUUCUUCAAUUUUCUGACAUUUUCUUAAUUUUUUCUCUUUUUUUAGACCUUAAAAUCUUAAAUUCUUGUCUAUUACGCCUUUAAAAUAUCCUAUUUGUAAUCCGCAAAUGUUUUCCGAUCCCAAAACUCCCUGUCUUCCACCUUAUUUUACACUUUCCCCCGAGGGCAAAUGCUCGCCGAAAGGUGAGCGUACGAAUCUCUCGCGGUGCUCCCGCAAAUGUCAUCCAGUGUUUCCUGUUUUGUGGGGUUGCGUGCGCUGCAAAAAGCCGCAUUAUCCGGUUCCUAAUCCACCGCCACCGGGCCCGCGGGGGAUUAGCGGGCCCUCGAAGGCGCCCCGGAUUUCCUGCACGGCUUCGGCGCGCCUACGCUCUUGCGGGAGGCGGCUGCCGCGGAUGAGGACGUCACAAAUUAGGCGUGAAACUAGUGAGAGGAUUAUCCAAUUUGAUCCGCGGAUUUCACGCCUGUUCUGGAAUCUUUAAUUGAGGGUUUGGGCUACGGUAGUGAGAAGAGUCCAAAGAAAAGUUGGUUUUUUGCGAAAAAUUGGAGUUAGUUUGUAGGGUAGGUGGGAGGAAAUGGUCUGUAAGUACGAUGGGAGUGUUUUUUCUUUACGGAAAAUCCGGAAAAUUCAAAAAAAAUCUCAUUUUUUUGAAUGCACGGUGCAGAAUUUGAAGAGUCGUAUUUUACCGUAUAGAGAGCAAAUUUUUGGUAAUAAAAGUUAAGUUUAGAUAUGCUUAGACAUAUCAAAAUUUUAAUUGAUUACCUGUUUGAAUCAUUGUUGGCCAAGAAGUUGGCAAAUUUUGAGCUCUUUCCACUGCACCGUGCAGAAUUCAAAAACUCGUAUUUUACCGCAUAGCACUCCAAUUUUUAGUAUAGAAAGUUAAGUCUAGAUAUGCUUAGACAUAUCAAAAUUUUAAUUGAUUACUAUUUAAAUCCUAGUUGUCCAGAAAAUUGACAGAAUUUAGCAUUUUGUCCUCUGCACAGUGCAGAAUUGAAAAAGUCGUUUUUUUACCGUAUAAAGCGCACAUUUUUGGCAAAGAAAGUUGAGUUUAGAUAUGCCUAAAUAUAUAAAAAUUUGAAUUGACUUCUAUUUAAAUUGUAGUUGGCCAGGAACUUGACGAAAUUUAGAGUUUUGUCCACUGCACAGUGCAAAAUUGGAAAACUCGUAUUUACCGCACAGUGCGCAAAUUUUCGGCAAGAAAUUGUGAUAAUGAUGCGACAGUAUUACUUCUGAUUGAUAGUCUAUACUUUAUUAGGCCCCAGGGCAUCUGGAAAUUUCAAAAUCUCAAGAAUUUUUUUACCGCACUGUGCGGAAUUAAAAGCUUUUGAUUUUUCCGCACUGUGCAGAGUUUUUGAAAUAAAAAACGAUUUAAUUUUUGUUACAGUAACCCGACAGCAUUUUCUGAUCAGCCAUGAUGAUACGACGGACCUGCAGUAGUCAUUUUUAUUCCAAUUUUUCCUCUGCACUGUGCAGAAUCAAAAUUUUUUAAAUUUUUUCGCACUGUGCGAAAUUUCAAAGUUCAGGCCUAAAUUAGAGUCUUCUUCUAUAACGGACAUUAGCACAAAUUCGCCACCUCUCGUUAAGCAAAUAAACUGUGAAAUCGGGCGCGGAUUUGCGGGGUGUGAAGAAGAGCGUUUUGUCGGUGGAUAAACCGCUUUCAUCUCCCGGGACAUCUGCAUUUUUCGGCGAACAGGUGCGCCUUUUACGCAUGUAAACACGACCGGAAAAGAGGAUCAUCGUAUUAGCUUUAAGGAUUGGAGUUUAUGAAAUUUUUUGGAGAAAAAGUGAAAAUAAAAAAAUUUUUUUAAUUGAAAAAAAAUUUGUAGAGUGCGGUAGAAAUAAAGUUUUGAAUUCAUAAUGCAGUAAAAAAAAAUUUAAUUUUAAAAAAUUUAGAAAAAUCAAAAAAUAUUUUAAAAAUUUUGCACAGUGCGAAAAAAAUAUCAUUCUUUUUCCGCACCGUGCAGUCAAAAAAAAAAUUUUUUUUCCGCACAGAGCAGUAAAAGAAUGAUAUUUUUUUCGCACAAUGCAAUCAAAAAAAAAUAAUGUUUUUUCCGCACAGUGCAUUCAAAAAAUUAUUAUUUGUCCGCACAGUGCAAUCUAAGAUGUUAUUUUUAUCCGCACAGUGCAGUCAAAAAUGUUAUUUUUUCGCACAGUGCAGUCAAAAAAAAUGUUUUUUCCGCACCGUGCAACCAAAAAAACUAUUUUUUCCGCACAAUGCAGUCAAAAAAACUGUUUUUUCCGCACAGUGCAACAAAAAAAAAUAUUUUUUCCGCACAGUGCAGUCAAAAAAUUCCUUAUUGUUCCGCACGGUGCGGUCAAAAAAGAUUAUUUUUCCGCACAGUGCCUUCAAAAAUCUUAUUUUUACCCAUACCCAUACCGUGGAGUCAAAAAAUUAUUUUUCAACUGCAUUUUGUGCAUUGGUCAUUCCGUAUUUUAACUCCAAUUUCCCGCCAAAGGAAAUGCCGCCCCACAUCAGUCGGUCGGAUCGUCUUUACGCCAUCCAUUUCCGUUGUUAUUUUUAAUUAAAGAAACUGCACGCCACUUGAGGAGCACGCAACGAGCGCCAAAAGUCUUCAAAGUCGAGAAAGUUGCACUCUUACGCAGGUGGGCGGUAAAAGAAGCCGAAAAAAUUAAAGUUUUUUGGCUGAAAUUGUAAAGAGUGACGCAAAAAAUGGGGAAAGAGCUCAAUAAUCGAGUGGUAUUUACUGCUGCAUUUACUGUGAAAUUUUGUCGGAAAAGUUUUUGGACUGCACUGUGCAGUCCAAAUUGACUUCAAAUUGGGGUUCCCUGAAGCGUGGGGGUGGUGUAAAAGGUAUUCAGAUUGAGUCAACAAUGCCCUGAAGCAAUGAAAAUCAAAUUUUCAAAACAAUAUCAUGGGUUUGUAAAGGAAAUUUUCAUGAGUUCCAAUUCUGCACAGUGCAAUAUAAAAAAUCUUAAAAUUUCAAUUUUGCCCAAGUGGAAAUGUAAAAUGCGUCUCGCAACUUGCUUCAUUGUUAAAGUAGCAUGGUAUAUUAUACAUCAAUUUUAUUAAAAACAUGCAUAAUUCAUGAAAUUUGCAUAAUUUCCAAUUCUGCACAGUGCAAUUUAAAAAAUCUCAAAAUUUCAAUUUUUCGGAAGUGGAAAUGUAAAAUACGACGACUAAUUAGCCUCAGGGAUAAGGUAGAAUACUAUGUUAUCCACAAAAUUUAUUAAAAACAUGAAUAUUCCGAGAAAUUUGCAUAACUUUUCAAUUUGCACUGUGCAUCCCAAAAAACGUCAAAAAAAUAAAAUUUCCGAUAAAAAUAGUUGUAAAAUACGAGGAAUGACGGUCACUUUGACCAAGCCGCAUUCUAAUUCACACUUUUACUUUUUCAAAAUUUGCAUAUUCCAAGAAAUUUGCAUAAUUUUCGUUUUUGCACUGUGCAAUCCAAAAAAUGCCAAAAAACUUUAAUUUUUCAAUUAAAAUAGUUGUAAAAUACGUACAGCCACAUUCCAUCCGUGACCACAUACCAUCCGGCAUUCUAAUUCACACUUUAUAUUCUUCAAAAUUUGCAUAUUCCAAGAAAUUUGCAUAAUUUUCCAACUUGCACUGUGCAAUCCAAAAAAUCUCAAUUUUAUCGAAAUGCGGUCGUGGGAUUUAAAAAAUCUUAAUGUUGUUUCAAUAUUUACGUCAUAGACAUGUUGUUUCCACUUUGAAAUUCCAUGAUUUGUCAUUUCUUCAACCUUUUUCGUCGCUAAUCCGAUUCCGCACAGUGCAGUAUACGAAAUCUCGAAAACUUCCGCAUUAACUCCGUAGAUUUUGCCAAAAAAAAAAAAUAAAAAAAAAAAAAAUAAAAAUUUUAAAUCAAAAAUAAAAUUUUUAAAAGUUUUUAAUCCGCACAUUUCUCGGCUGCAUACGCAAUUUCCGUUCGCUGUAUCUCGUAAACAAACGGUAAAGUCAUGUGUUUCAUCGGGAAGAAACCAAAAAAUACCACGUUUCGGACCGAGCACGAAACAUUACUUUACACCUUUUUUUGUUGGUCUUCGGAAGUCCUCCGCAGCACAACAUUAAACUAUUAAGGGAUUGGCGGGGAUAAUAACGCAUAAAUAAGUGGUUUAAGCCGGGGUUAAUUACUGUAAGUCGCAAUAAAGUGAUAAUCCGCGGGAAACUAAUCGAAAAAAGAGCUAAAAUGUAAUGGAGCGGCCGGAAGAUAACAUGUUUUUAGUGGAAUUCUCACGUAGACUAAGAAUAUAAGGGGCUUUUGAACUUUUAAAGUCGCUGCGAUGGUUUUUUUGACGGUUGAAAAUGUCAAAGGAAGGAUUUUAUUUUUUGUGGAAAAAUCGUAUUUUAGGAUGAAAAUUUUCGAAUUUUUCCCUCUAGGCUUAUAGAACAGACCAUGUUCUAUAUUCUAAAACCACUUUCUUCCUCUGGGUUACUGUAGUUUUCGAGUUAUAGCCAAUUUUAGAGGCACCUCUAUUUUUGAUGACAAUUCGGCGCUUUUCGCUAAAAAAUAAUAUUUCUGAGAAACAUUCUUGAUCUUUUCGUAUCUAGUAUGAUAUUUUAAAACGUAUACUGCAAUAAAGGUACAUAUUUGUCUUAAUGGCUACUGUGGGUUUCCCACAAAAUCAAGUUUUCUCAAAUUUUUCUGGAUUGCUCUUAUUUUUUCUUGUUUUUUGUUAAAUUUACAUAUUUUACAAUGUAAUAUGUAUUAUUCUUGGGCUUUUUUUUACUUAUAAUAGGGUUAGAAGUCAUUGAGAGCCCUUUCAACAUCAAUUAUCGUCAUAUAAACUAUCAAAAAUUGUGUUUUUCCCAAAAAAUGAUGAUUUUUCCUGAAUUUUUUUAUUUUUUGCAAUUUUUCAAUUAAAUUAAAGUGAAUUUUCAUUUUUACUGAGUAGCUUACCCCCUUAAAAGUCUUGUAAACAUUCCCCAUUCAAUUGUUCAUCCAAAUUUACCUUCAGAAAACCGUCAAUUGCACAACUGUACCGAGUGCAACAAGCCGAUCCGCGACCGUUUCCUCUUCAAAGUCCUCGAGAACUCGUACCACGAGCGAUGCCUCAAGUGUGCUGAUUGUCAAGUCAACUUCCAAAUGAGCUGCUACGCAAGGAAUGGCAGGAUAUUUUGCAGGCAACACUUUUUCCGGUGAGAUUUUGUUUGGAGAUUUUUUGGGGAAAAAUUCGGAAAAUCGAUGAAAAAAUUGUAAAAUACGACGUAUAAAAAAUGGUUAUACAGCCAAAAAUUUUUGCAAUUUUCAUUUUUUUUUUUUUUUUUUUUUUUGAAAUUUGCAUAAUUUUUGAAAAAUAAUUUUUAUGCAAAUUUUGGAUUUUUCGCUGAAAAUCCGAACAAAAAUUUGUUGUCAGAGAGCAAUUUGUAAAAUACGGGAAUAGUUGAAAGUGCGAUGUUUAACUUUUUUCUAAAAUUUGCAUAAUUUUUUAAAAACAAAAAUCAUUUUAUUUUUGUCUAAAAAAUCGUGAAAAACUUGAUUUUUUCUGCGAGAUGAAGGUAAAAUACGCCUGUUUGAGAGUCUAUUUUAUUUAAAACUUAAUUAGUCAUCAAAAUCAAGCACUAAAUUUGCAUAUUUUUGCAAAAAAUUUUUUUUUUUUUUAUUUUUCAAAAAUAAGUUUCCAAUGGUAAAAUACGCUUACUAUAAAUUUGAUAUUCUAUCCUCUACAAAAAUUUUAGACCCACUUUUAUACCAAAAACCCCCGAAAAACUCAAUUUUUCCCUAAAUUUUCCCAACUUUUAGACGAUUUGGUCCGAAAUGUUCGAAAUGCCAGGAAAUAGUGCAGGAAAAUGAUGUUGUGCGCAAAGCCAACAACCACAUUUACCAUCUGGAGUGUUUCAAAUGCGUGGUCUGCGAGAAGGAGCUGAGCACCGGCGACCAAUUCUACCUCAUCCCGAUGGACGGACGGCUCGUUUGUCGGACCGACUACGAAAAUUCCACUAAAGGUAGGGCAAUAUCCUUGGGGACGGGGGUUUAGAAUGUUGUGAAGAUUACGGGGGAGGUUUUUUGCAGAUUUUUUUGAGGAAAAAAUUGGAGAUUUUUGGGGAAAAUGAACUUGGUCCCCCCUUACUCUCUAAAAUAAUAUUUUUUUAAAAAGUUUACUUACUGCUGUUAAAAAUUAAUGAAUUUUGGGCUAGUUUGUUUGAACAUAUCUAUGUGAAUAUUUGAGAUGAUUUUCACUAAUUUUUUUGGGGGGAAUUUUGGGAAUUUUUGGGAAAAAUGAACUUGGUCCCCCCUUACUAUCUAAAGUAAUAUUUUUGAAAAAAAAGUUUAUUUACUGCUGUUAAAAAUUAAUGUAUUUUGGGCUAUUUUGUUUGAAAAUAUCUAUUUGAUUAUCUGAGAUAAGUUUCACCGAAUUUUUCGCAGAAAAUUUUGUAAAUUUUUGAGAAAAGUGCCCUUGGGCCCCCCUUACUAUCUAAAAUAAUAUUUAUGAAAAAAAAGUUUAUGUAUUGCUGUUAAAAAUUAAUGUAUUUUGGGCUAUUUUAUUUGAACAUGUCUUUGAGAUUAUCUGAGAUAAGUUUCACCGAAUUCUUCGGAGAAAAUUUUGUAAAUUUUUGGGAAAAAUCGCCUUGGUCCCCCCUCACGUCAAGAUUUUGCGCUCAAAGGGUUAUCUCUCAACACGAAAGUUGGCAUUCUGUUUCCGCUUAUGGAAGUGUCCAAAAAAUCCGUCUCAAUGACAGUUUUUUUGGACGAGGUCAGAGGAAAGGCGAAAUAUUGCGCUAAAUGAAGAGAUUUUCUAUCUCGAAACUGGCUCAUUUGAUUUUUUUCGUUUUAGGCUCAAAAAAUCCGCCUUGUUCCAGACUAUGUUUCCACGAAACUUCAAAUAGGGGCGAGGGAAAAUCUUAGAGAAAUCCUCGAAAUCGCAACAUUUUUUAGGCGUUGUUAGUUUAGGCUUCAAACAGAUAGAAGACGACCGAUUUUUUAUAUGAAAUAUAUAUGUUCAGGUUAAGCAAGAGCCCAGCUUCAAAUUUAUGUAUGCAAUCACCCCAUUCUACCCCAUCUUCAUCGUGUAAUCAGGCUCUCUUUGGAGCAAAAAAUUGUCUUUGAGAUCAAACAGAAUGCCAAGAAUUUUUCAUUGCUUGAGCGCUUUUGUUUUAUUUUUUCUUGACGUGCCCCUUACUAUCUAAAACAAUAUUUUUUGUAAGAACUUGGUCAGAAGUAUCAAAAAAGCAUCAUGUAUGGCCAAAAUAGUCCCAAUCGUGUCUCGGCCAUAACAUUUUUGCUUUUUCGCCCGCACAGUGCAAAAAAACUCUAAUUUUAGAGUCUGCACUGUGCAAUAAAGGGAACCGGAAAAUUCGUAUUUUAGAAACAAAAAUUUCAGGAUUUUCUGUAUUAAGGAUAAAACUAGGAUGGAAUCUGCCUGAUUAUAAUUUUGAAACGUUAAAAAUUUGGACUUUCUGGUCAAAAAUUUGCGAAAUUCUUUUUGCACAGUGCAAAAUAAAAUUUCUCCAAAAACUUUAAUUUUUUUCAAAUAAAAAAUAUAAAAUUCGUUGAGCAUGGCCUUAUUAGGUCUUGAACAUGACGUGUCAAUCGUUGGAAAUAAUUGAAAUUAACUUUUACCCCAAAAAUUUCACAAUUUUUACUUUUGCACAGUGCGAUCGAAAAAUUUUUUUUUCUUCCUCCUACGAUUUCAAGCUUCACGAAAAAAAUUGUCAACUUUUGAAGAAAUUUUAUCACGAAAUGGCGUGCGCAUACCUUUCGGCGACUUUAUUUUUGGAGCUGGAAAUCUUUUUGGAGGAAAAAAUGAAAAAUGUCAUUACUUUUUGGGGGAAAUCCUGUUUGUAUUUGUAAAAUUCAAAUGGAAAUGGAGUGUUGGAGGGCUAGAAAAUAUUUUGAGAGCACUUAGAGUUGGAUAAAGUUCCUAGGUUUGGGACUCUUAAUCGUAUUUUACCUUUUAAUGAAAAAAGCUGGAAAAAUUGGGGAAAUUUGAAAAUUUUAUGGGAAAUUUGUAAAAUACGGUAUACCGAAGGCUUGUUUUUUUAUGCAAAAGCUUUUCGAAACAUUAGGGAAGAAUUUUUGUUUAUGAAAUUUACUGUUUUCCAACUUUUUUUAAAUUUUUUCCUCAAAAAUUGCCAAAAAAUCCUAAAAUUUGAAAAAUUAAGGUUUAAAAAUGUAAAAUACGUCAGAUAAAGCUAAUUUAAUUAAAUUUCUAUCCCUCUCCUCGUAUUUUAAAACAAGUUUUUACCGAUUUUUUUCAAUUAUUUUUUUAAAAUUUCCCAAAUUUUCCUCAUUUUUCCACAUUUUUCCCUAAAAAUCAUCAAAAAUCCCUUUUUUACCCCACUUUUUUCGGCAAAAAAAUCUUCUACAGUUACUCAAGAUUUCUCCUAGACAGUUCUCCUUUAUAAUGCACUUAUAUUCGCCGGGGAAAAGUGCAAUUUUUUGCCGGUUUUCCGCCUCGCAAACCCCCAAUUUUUUAAUUUUUUUUUUCCAAAAUUCCCUCGGUAACUUUUUCAAUCUGUGUGGUCAUAAAGCAGAGAAGAAUACGAAACACCACCUCAGCUAUCAUUAUUUAUGGCAUUUGAGGAUAGACAGAGGAGUUUUUGGAGUUAUAUUACACUUGAUGUGCAAGGUGUAAAUUGAUGAAAAUUUGGGAUUUUUUGAAAAUUUUUGGGGUAAAGUUGGUUUUUAAAUAGUACCCAAGAUAUUACAGUAUACGUUAGUGUUUCAAUUCCCCCAAAAAAAAUUGAUUUUUUAUGCGAAAAAUCGAAAAACUUAGUUUUUUGGUGAUUUUUGGUGAAAAAAUCGAUCUUUAAGUUAAAAUAAAUAGAUUUUUGAUGGUAAAAUACGCCGUUUAGAACAUGCAAUGGCUUUGAUAUACCUUGGGGAUAACAAUAAUCCCACUUUUCACCGAUGUUUUAACUGAAAAUUGAAUUUUUUGGGGUAUUUGUCAAAAAAGUUCGGCGAAUUGUCUUUUAAAAGAAAAUUAGGGCUUUUUGAAGGUAAAAUACGAAAGAUCUCAUUGUAAUAUUAUAUUUUAAUGUAACUGAGAUUAAUUUUUACUGUCUUUUUCACCGAUUUUUUUGCUUAAAAUUUAGUUUUUUGGAAAUUUUUGACAAAAAAUCAGUUUUUUUUCAAAUUAAUAACUGUUAUUGGGUAAAAUACGGCGUCGGGAAGGUUACAUGACCUUUUUACCUCUGAAAGUUAUUUUUAACAUUAUUUUUCAUCCAAAAAAGCCUAAAAAACGACCUUUUUAAAAAAUUAAAAAAACCAAAAAAUUUCAUUUUUUCAAAAAUAAAACUCCCAAAAAACUUUUAAAAGUUCCACAUAGUUCUAGUUUCCAAAUUUUAACCCCCAUUUCCGUUCUCCCUUAUUACAUCAUCUGCCCUUGCACACAUUUACCCUGUCAUUUGGCGGCUCGGAGCCAGUAAUUAUUCAACUUUUUUCGACUAUAAUUUUAGACUACUCAGCUGCAAAAAGUUUGAACAACCCAUUGCUUCGUAGUAUACGGUUCAUUCAGACUUUAAAUAGGCUUGAAGAGCGCCUUUUACAUUGGAAAAUGGGAUUUUUUGAGGGGAAUUUCUAAUUUUUGCGUAAAAAAUGGCUACCCUGGUAAUGGCCACAACGUAUUUUAGGUAUUUUCUAGAUCCUAUAUCAAAUUCCGAGAAUUGCGCGUUAGGCGACAUUUUAUACGAUGAAACAUGUUUCGUCGUAUAAAAUGUCGCCUUUGCUGAAAUUGACAAUGAGACGUCAAAUCAUUAGGUAGACUUGUCAGAAUUUACAUUGAUUUGCAGCAUUAUGUCUUAGGUGACAUUUUAUACGACGAAACAUAUUUCUUCGUAUAAAAUGUCGCCUUUCUAAAAAUGAGACAUCAGAGUUCCAAAAAAUAGCUUUCUAAGACCUUACUUUGAUUUUUUUUUAUUUUGGCAUAGGCGGCAUUUUAUACUUUGAAACAUGCCUGAACCUGUUUCAUCGUAUGACAUGUUACACAUGGUAAAAUUCAAAAAUUGCACGUCUAAUCUCUAUUUACAGCCAUAUUUUAAACCCUAAGAACGUCGUUAAAAAUAGAAAAUUCAAAAAAAUUAUUGCACUGUGCAAAAUUCAGUUGAAAUCGACUAAAAGUCGAGGUGGAGAAGAGAAAGAAGGGGAUGAUACGAUUUGUCAUUCGUUCCACGCUGACGCAUCCUAACCAUCCCUUUUUGGCCUCUUGCUCCUUUAAACACAUUUAGUCCGGCCAAAAUUUUCAUUGGACUUUUCUCGAAUUUGAAUAUGGAAAUUUAGGAAUAGAUUCGGGCACGUACGUAUUUUACCAUUGAAUUUUACUUUUGUCCGAUGUAAAUAUCCUUGAAUAGCUUUAUUGCACUUUGAUUUGCCCAUUUUCCUGUUCAACUUGGGUUACUGUAACUUCUACCGCAACCCCAGUUAACAUAAAUGGAUUUUUUACCAAAUCCUGGCCCCAGUUACAAUGUAUCAUGUCUUGAUGGCCCAAAAACAUUUUGUUUCAACUUUUUUGACCCGAUUUCCGGUAAAAUUCGGUUGCUGUAACAUGAUCCGUCUACAGUACCAAAUCCUGGUCCCAAUUAUAAUAUCAGACACUUGGAUGGUUAAAAAAAGUCUUCCUGUCAUUUUUUACCCUUUGCCCCCUUUUUUGACCCAUUUCCCCUUUCAUCUUGGGUUACUGUAACAUAGAUCCGUCUAGCGUACCAAACCCUGGUUCCAAUUAUAUUAUCAGGCACUUGGAUGGUUAAAAAAAGUCUUGCUGUUACUUUCCUGAUCUAUUCCCCCUUUUAUUUAAGUUACUGUAACAUACGUUUAUAAUAGAUCCGUUAACCUUACCCCAAGAAGCAAACAGGAUGUUAUAGUGAAAGCUGGUCCAAUUUUAACCGCUAGAGGCUCUAAAAAAUUAUGACGCCAUAUUCUACACCUCCCCCCUGCAAUUUGGGUUGCUGUAACAUACAUUUAUAAUAGAUCCGUCUACCGUAACCUACGCGGGCAAAAAGGACAUUUUAGAGGCCUCUGGUCGAAAUUCGAGUCGUGCUCAUUAUUUUCCCGACAGAUUCGAGACUGUGCUCAUUAUUUUCCCGACAGACUGAUAUAUACUCCCAGCGUACGCCAAGCUCGAGGACAGCGCGCGCUGAUCGUCCGCGUCCGCGAAUAAAAAAAAGUUAAGGCUUUUUUUCCCCCCAACCCUAAUCCCCACCAAACUCGCUGCUAAUCCGCCCUACAGCGUUUGCAUUCGCGAAUGCCACAAGUGUAAUAUACCAUGAUAUUUGAGCGCGUGUAGCCGUGCGAUUGUAAAUCCCCCCGCUCUCUCUCUUAGCGGGCGGAUUAGGGUGGAACAAUGGUUAAGCCGGGGAAGGCCAACGGCCUCUGCGGUCCCUUCCGCCUCCACUUUGCGGGCCGCUCCAUCGGCCGCGGCCGGAUAAUCCGCGGGCCCGCUCUUCCGGCCGCUUCGGCAACGCGAAGGUGUACACAGAGCACAUCCGGCAACGUCCCAUCAUAUCCGGGAUUAGCGUCGUCUCUAAUCCGCCCCCCAUUGGCCAUGUGUUUUGCGGCAAAUCCCCUUAGGGCGUGUGGCGUUUUGCACGCCAUUAAUCCCUCAGAACCAGAUUUGAAUUUUUUUGAUGAACGGAUUCGCGGAAUCCGGUAACUGCAUGAACGAGGGGGAGGAAGACGGAUCAGGUGACAUUUUAUACGAUGGAACAUGUUUCAUCGUAUGACAUGUCGCCUUGACGGAAAUUGGACAACUAAAAGUGAAAUCAUUAGGUAGACUUGUGAAAAUUCACAGUGAAGAUAAACAUUGCAGUUUAGGUGAAAUUUUAUACGAUGGAACAUGUUUCAUCGUAUAAAAUGUCGCCUUUGCGGAAAUUGGACAAUUAGACAUGAAAUCAUACGGUAGACUUGUCAGAAUUUACAGUAAUUUUUAACAUUACGGCUUAGGGGACAUUUUAUACGAUGGAACAUGUAUCAGCGUAUAAAGUGUCACAUUUGCCGAAAUCGGACAAUUUCAAGGGAAACCAAAAUUUAGACUUGUCAUACUUUACAGUAAUUUUAAACAUCAUGGUUUCGGUGACAUUUUAUACGAUGGCACAUGUUUCAUCGUAUAAGAUGUCGCCCUUGAUGAAAUUGGAAAAUUUAAAGUGAAAUCGUUGGAUAGACUUGUCAGACUUUACAGUGAUCCUAAGCAUCAUGAUUUAGGUCACAUUUUAUACGAUGGAACAUGUUUCAUCGUAUAAAAUGAGUCAUUCGCACAGUGCAAACUUGAAAAAGCCGCCAAAUGCACGGUGCGCGAGCUACAAACAAAGUAGAAGGCAAACUGCACUGCGCGUCCGUAAAUAAAAGGCAAAAAAAAGUAUACGCACUUUAUGAAAAUGCAAUUAUUCGAGUAUGUGUAUGUGUAAUGAUGUCUGACAAACCAAGGAGCGGGUAGAAUACGGUUUUCUGGUUUGUUUGUUAAAUUCAGGCAAAAUUUGCUUGUUUUACAAUGAAAUAAGGGAAAAAUAGAGCUUCUUGAAAAUUUUUGCUGCAUUCUUUUGAGAAGAAGGCAUUGCUGAUAUUUGAAAUUAUAAGAAAAGACAUACACAUGAUUCCUCGUAUUUUACAAACUCUGUUUUCUGUGUUUUAAGCCGAAUUUUUAAGCUUUUUGAGACUUUUUUGAUGUUUUUCGGAGUUUUUUGCUGAUUUUUUUGAAUUUUCGGCGUUUUGUCAAAUUUCAUGUGGAGAUCUAGGAUUACUCUGUAAUUAUGAGACUCUUAACACUGUAAUCUCCGCAUGCUGACUCCUCGAACAUUGAUCCUUGACCUCAACUUUUCGGCUUUUCCAAAUCCUCCUAAUCCGGGUGGGGGCUUCUCCCCGGAUUACCGUCCAAGGGUUGCGGAUCAUCGUGGAAGCCGGGGUGGGGGUUUUUACACCUCUCUGCCUGUUUUUACAUCCAUGUCUUGGCGGCGUUUCGCACGCCCUUUUCCCACCUCGCUCCGUUUCCCUCCGGACGUGGCUUUCUUCCCGCCCUCGGGGGCCCUCCGCCCGAUGGGGAUAUAUAAGUGUGCGGCCGUGGGGAGACUGCACCACUCGAAUCCACAUCUCAACCGUGGGGCUAAAGGAAAUCCGAGCGGGAUUUUGUGGAUUUUCCGGGAUUUGGGGAUUUUGGGAUUUUUUGAAAAAUCUUGGGGUUACUGUAGUUUUUGUAACUUUUUUGGGGUGAAAUUUUUUUUGAGGAAACUUGAGGGUGUUUUUUUACUUUUUUAUGGCUUUUUAAAUAGUAAUUACUGUUAAAAAAAUUUUUUUGAGAUUUUAAAAUUUCUCACUUUUUCGAGGAAAAAAUCAAAAUUUUUCAAAAUUUCCAACAAUUUCUAAUAAAAUUAUCCUUGCAGAAGCCGAAAUGGACUGUUCGAACAAACGACCUCGCACCACGAUCUCCGCCAAAUCCCUGGAAACCCUGAAGCAGGCGUAUCAGGCCAGCUCGAAGCCGGCGCGCCACAUCCGCGAGCAGCUCGCCGCCGAGACCGGCCUGGACAUGCGCGUGGUGCAGGUGUGGUUCCAGAACCGGCGCGCCAAAGAGAAGAGGCUGAAGAAGGACGCGAAUCGACGAUGGCCCUCUUCGGCGAACUGCAGCACACAACAGUUGUUCAGUCGGACAAUCGACAGCGAUAGUGGGAGCAACGACGAGAGUCUGGUGUCGAGAUCGCCGCUCUACGGCUCCGCCAGCUUCAUGGAGAACUCGUCGGACCUGGACAUGCAUCCCAACGACCUGCAAUACGAUUGCCAGACGGCGUCGGCGGCGUGGACGCCGUUGUCGCGGUAUCCCUCCGAAGAGACGGGCUACAUGUGCGCCAACACCGACCCCCAGCUCUCCCAGUCCCUGAUGGGCAUGCCGCACAUGAUGUCGCAUCCGGCGGAGCACUCGAUGUACGGCGACGUCAGCCCCCUCCCCCUCCCCCUGCCCCACUCGAACAUGAUGGGCAUGGGGCAGCAAUGCGGCCCGCAUCACGGCCUCCCACCCAUGCCCACACAUCACAUGCCCCUCAUGCCUCAUCCCGGAAUGCCACCGUAUUCGCACUAA